AUGAUCGGAGGCUGCUAUGGAGGAGAUAGGGUAGUCAAGCUAUCGGAGAAUAUAGUAGCCAAGUUUGGAAUUGGUGUGAUGGCUUCUGAGGCAGAGACUCAAAGAUUCGCAUGUCAAAACGUCGAUUCGAAAAUUGUUCAUAUUCCCCAAGUUUACCGCUACUUCGACUGGAAAGAUUUUGGCUACUUGUUCAUGGAGUAUGUGCCUGGCCUGCAGCUAAACGAGCUCAACCUUGAUGAACACACAGAUGUUGUUCCCCGGAUUGCCAAAAUUAUCGAGCAUCUUGGAACAAUUCAGAGCGGGCAAGUCCCAGGUCCUGUGGGUGGGGGUCGGCCACAGGGCUAUCUUUGGGGUGAUAAUGGUGCGGGGACAUCCUUUAGCUCUAUAUCAGAUUUAGAAGCUUGGCUUAACAAACGUUUGGAAAUACGUGAUAAAUCUAUCGAUCUAACUUCACAUCCACUUGUUCUGUGUCAUAUGGAUUUAUGUCGGCGCAACAUGAUCCUGAAAGACGACAAUACAAUAAGUCUCAUCGAUUGGGGUUCCUCCGGGCUGUAUCCUCGACAUUUCGAGUUUGCAAGUCUGUACUUCAUGAUGCCGUAUGAUGAAAGUUACGAAAAGCCAUUAAUACAAGCUACAGCUAGUUUGGUGAGCUGGACAGACGACGAUAAAGACUUGAUUAGUCUCUUGAAACUUGCUCGUGCUGUUACCUUGCGAUACUCACUGGACGACGAAAAUAAAUAUGGUAUACCAGAGAGUUUACAUUCUUGGUGUUCACCGCCCAUGCUGAGCCGAUCGCCCAGCCCGUCAUGA